GCCAUUCCCCGGCCCGGAGCUGCGUGCUGCGCUCAAACCCGCCCGGCCGCCAACAGGAACCCGGCAGCGAAAAACAGAUGUGACAGCUUGACUCUCACUAUGGAGAAGAAACAAGUUUCAAAACGCCUGUAUGUCGGAGGACUUGGCCAUACGGUUUCUAAGGCUGAACUGCAAGAAAGAUUUGGGAAGUUUGGACGUGUUUUGGAUGUAGAGAUUAUUACCAGAAAAGAUGAGCAGGGGAACCCUACGAAAACUUUUGCUUACGUCACUGUCAGCAGUUCUGAGGCAGAUCUUAGAAAAUGCAUAUCAAUUUUAAAUAAAACCAAAUGGGGAGGGAAGACACUGCAAAUUGAAUUUGCCAAAGAAAGCUUUUUACAUAGGCUUGCUGUGGAAAGAGAGGAAGCAAAGCUGCAGAAAGAAAAGCCACGUAGAAAUGAUGAAACAGUUCUUCUAGAAUCACUGAAAAAGGCUGGAGUUAUAGACUUCCAUAUGAGAGCAGUACCAGGUACAGAGGUGCCAGACCAUAAGAAUUGGAUUGUGGGUAAAUUUGGCAGAGUCCUACCUAUCCUACACCUUAGGAAUCAACAGAAAAAUAAAAUUGUGAAGUAUGACCCAUCAAAAUAUUGCCACAACCUUAGAAAGCUGGAGGAAGACUUGACGCAUGUAGUUCCUGUAUCCAAGCUUACUUGGCAUUUGGAAGAGAAAGAUGACACCAUAAGCAAGAAGCGACAAGGAGAGUUCCCUGUGACUAAGGAGCAACCUAAAAAACUGAGACAACUGGGCAGUCAGGAUGUGAAUGGAGUGGAAGUGCUCCCUUCUGGGUGUCAGUCACAUUUGAGAAACAUAAGCUCAUUGCAGCUAAAUCAAAGAUCAAAAACCAAAUCCAAUGAGCAGUCUAAAUUACCUCCAUCAAGCAGCCUUAAUAGUAGUAUUUCAGGGCAAAGUUUACUAUCAGAUAAAAACAGCAUUUGUAGAGUGAUGUCUCCAAAUAACAGAAUGCAUGCUUCUGACAGUGACGUUGAUUCCGAAGAGGAAAUCAGAGCAAUGAUGAAGAAGAAGAUGGCAAAAGAGCAAACUGAAAAUGUUGAGACUGAAAAUGACCAGCUGGAAAUUGUUGGAGAUAAUUUUGAGUUAAAAUACAAUACUCACUGGUCCAUAGGCAAUCGAGGCUCCAUGAAGAAAGUUGUCAAAGGAAACAGUAAAGAGAGAGAGACUAUGGAAUGGGACAAUGGCUAUGACUCAGCGGAUACAGAUGAGAUUAUUGCUGAGAGUAAAUCUCCAGGUCUGAGUAGCAUGAAAACUGCGGUUUUAGAAAACUCUAAACAGGUGAAGGUGGAAAAUAAACAGAUUUUAUCUAGUAAGAAAUGUGAUUUGAUAAAUGACUCCUCACUGAAAACUGACAAUUUAAGAGAAGAACAUGUUGAAAGCAAAGGGAAAAUGAGAAAAGCUAGCAAUUCUGCCUUGUUGAGUACAGCAGGUAACAGUACAGCAAAAGCAAGUCAUAGUGAGAGCUCUUAUUCAGAGUCUGAGGAAGAGGAGUCUGAAACCAGUUCUAAUUAUGAAUCCAUGAUGCAAAACUGUUACCGUCUAGACCUUACAUUAGAUGACCUAAAAGCAUUGGCUGCUGAUAAAUCUGAGACAUCAGAGGAAGAAUUGGAUAGUACACACAGUUCUAGUCAGUGCAGCAUUAAAGAAAGUGCUAAAGGCGAUGUCGUACAUAAGCCUAAACGUGCUAAAAUUCCUCCUGCAGUUAAAAAAAAGUGCAUCUGUCCUGAAGAUAUACUUGCUGCCAUUUUAGAUGGGGAGGAGAAUGCUGAUGAGGAAAGUUCCAAGGGACAAGGUAAUUCAUGUUUGAAAUUCCAGCCCUUCAGAGGAAUGGGAUCCCUUUGUGAUGAGUCAACUAAGGACAGCACUGAUAUAAAAAAGAGAUCUGUAGAAAGUUUAGGUUUUGACGCUUCUCUUCCUUUUUGUGGGGAGAAGUCACCUGAAGGGCAGUCUGAGAACCAUCCAUUUUAUUCUCUUGAAGUUGGCACUAAAAAGAAACAAAAUAUACAAUGUGAACAGCAAAAAGAGUUGUCAGAUGCUGCCUCCUUAGCAGAUAAGAAUGUUUGCAGGCCACAUUUACAAGGAAAGAACAAAAAGACAAAUUCUCUGCAAGGUGACCAGAAUUCAGAGUGUGGAGAUACUGUUCCUUGCACUGAUGAAAGUGAAGGUGAGAGCAGUGACUUGGAUAGUAAUGCUGCCAUGUCACAGAAACAUGUGAAACGACAACUGAAAAGCCCAAAACUGCUUUCAAAAAAAAUGAGGACAGAUGUAAGCAACGCAAGUUCAGAAUGUGAAGUUCAGAAAUGUGCAAAUAGGAAGAUGAGCCUCUUGGAUAAUAAAGAACUUCCAGGUACUGCUUCAAAGGAGUCUGAUACAAAAAAACAAUUGGAGGAUAACCAGAAGAGGCUGGCAGCUCUGGAAGAGAGACAGAAAGAGAGGCAAUUACAGAAGAAACUCAUUCAAGGAGCUCUUUCAAAUUUGGAUAGCCAGCCAACAAACAAGCAUAAACACAUCAUAUUCAAUUCAGAUGUGGAAAGUGAAGCUGAAGUGGAUGAAACAUUGAAGAAAGAUGAGAGUUUGGAAGAUACGCUUGAAAGAAAGGAACAUGAUCCUAAAUCUUCUAGAAGACUCUUUGAAAGCAGCGAAGAUGAUCAAGACGAAACAGAUGACGAGAGAUUCAAAAUUAAACCACAAUUUGAAGGCAAAGCUGGUGAAAAACUCUUAAAUCUGCAAUCCCGUUUUGGCACAGAUGAAAGGUUUCACAUGGAUGCUCGAUUCCUUGAAAGUGAGAGUGAAGAAGAAGGAGAAACCAAUACAAUGGAGGCAGAUGAGGAGGAAGAGUUUGCUGCAGAGAAAAAGAAAAAUCUGCAAAUACUGGGAAGUCUAUUGAAUAUUGACCUAGAACAAUCAAAAACAACUAAAAUGACCAUAAAUGCUAAGAAAUUCAAGGAUAUUAAUGCUCUCCGCUAUGAUCCCACGAGGCAAGAUCAUGCAGUUUUUGAGAAGAAACCAAAAGCUAUAGAAGAAGAGAGUAAAGCUAAAAGAAAGAAGAAGAGAGAAGAGAAUGAGAAGCUGCCUGAAGUGUCUAAAGAAAUAUACUGUGACAUUGCUGUUGAUUUAAAAGAGUCAUUUGGAUCUUCAAAGAACAAACCAAAAAGAAAAGAAAUACCGUGGGACAAAGAUGAGGCAGAGGAAUCAACUCCACAUGACCAUCUGGGACCUGAUGCUGAGAGUAACACGGCUCAGGAUUCCAGUGAUUUCAGAUUUUCCUUCUUUGAUGACAAGGAUCAAUCUGAUGUAAAAGAAGAGCCCUACGUAUUUGAAGCAAUAAAACCUAUAAAAGUCAAGUGGCAAGAAGAUCCACGUUUCCAAGACAGCAGCUCUGAGGAUGAUGAUGAACCAGAGGCAACGGAGAGUGAAAGAGAGAAAGAAAUGUUUCUCCCUUUACCACAGUCAGGAAGUGCUAGGUUUUUCUUCUUCUUCAAAGAUGAUGAACGAUUAAGAGAGGGACCCAAGUUAUUUUGUAGAUCAGUUAACCUCAAUGAAGAAAAAGAUAGCUGGGAAGACAGACGUAAAUUAUUGCUUGAGCACUGGUUUGUGUUAGAAAAGGAGCAGAGGAGGUGGUACGUCAGCUCACCCAUUUCACAUCUUAGGCAGCAGUGGUCACGCUGUUGUAAAAGAUUUUGAUCAGAAAAUACACCAGCAGGGAUUGGAACCACAUUGUUCUGUUGCUUUGGAAACAACUGAGGAGAGAAGUUUUCAUGGCUUCACACGAAACUCCCACGGACAAAGAUGCGUUUCAGUGACUUCUGCACGUAUACUAAGACAUGUGCAUGACUGCAAGGGAGACAUCUUGUUUCAGGAAGUUCAGUGGAUGGCUGGAUGUUCAGGAAAUAUCACUGACCAGUUUUGCAGGUUGGUGGAGUAAGUUGUUUGAUGCCGAGGCAGGAGCUAUAGAUGAAAGAGGCACAGGAACCAUGAUGAUUCUUUCCAUCAGAAGACCAGGAAGGUCAGGACAUAUUCCUUAUAUCCACUGAUCUGAAAUGUCAGCAUGAAAUAAUUCUAGCCUGGAAACAGCAGCAUCUCAGAUGUGUUGGUAAAAUGACGUUGGCUGAAGUAGUCUUCCUGGCAUCAUAAGAAUACAAACCACUAUUCUCAUAGUGGCAUAGAAUAGUAGCACAAGAAGAGUGGAAGCUGGUAAGUCAAAUCAGUGGACAGUAAGCUUCAUUUGGACUUUGGCAGCUCAAGGUUUCAAUAUGUUUGUUUCUGUUAACUUCUCUUUCUAUUCCACGCUUUACAGUUCAGCAAGUGCCAUAUGAUUUUUAAUUAUUUCAUUCCUGCCUCCAAUCUGUAUUUGAAUCACUAUAAUGAAUUUUCACUGCUCAGUUUUUACCUCAGUUUAAGGAUGUGAAUUCUACCAACCACAGAGCCAAAGGGAGUUUCAGCAAACUGCAGCAGUGCAACAAGAGGAGGUUUGCUGGUCGUUUAAAGAUGUCUGUGUUUCAGUAUCAGACUUAGAACUGGUGCAUGUUGUUGCUGUAUGCCAUUUUUUUGUGAAACAAAAAUUAGGAGGUGAUUACAGUCUAGUCUGUUUUGCAUCAUAGUCUUGUGUCUUCUUAUAGUUCCAUAAUUGUAUAUUAUAGGAGGUUCAUUAAACCACAUUAUAGUUAUACUCAUUAAAUGUUAUUUUGCCUUCAAUGAAGGCAACUUAGCUUUCCCCUCACUUCUGGCAACCUGAAGGAGUAGGAAGCCACUAGUCAGACAUCAAUGCAAUGCUUGCAGACCUUCACAGCUCGAAGAUCUCACUUUGAGUUUUGCUGUGGGUUGUUCUGGUUUUUUAUUUCUGAAGCUGAAAAAUAGAAAGUGUCGCUUCUCUGAUUUUAGGUGAAAGCUAAAUUCCACUGAAAUUAUGAUUUCAACACCUGGGCCUUUACAGAGAAUACUACAUCUUGAAUGGGCAAUAAAACCUUCAUUAUUCCAAAUAUUUUUUUUCCUAUUUUUGUGAUAAGUGGUGAAGAUAAGUGAUAAGACAAUUAGUAUGUUUGGUAAAGUACUUGCCAUUAGACUUUGCCUACAUAUCAUAAAUCAAUAAAUCUAAAAAACCUAUUUUUUUCUUUGAGUUCUGAGCAUGCAUUGACAAUAUUUACCCUCUGCAAACUGCCGAGCACUUGGCUCUUCAGCACACCAAACCACUGUUAGUGGCUACUCUCGCCUCCGGUCAAGGAAGCAAAUAGAAUAUUCCUUAAGAUAGUCUUUUCUUUAUUAUGCAAGCACUUUACAUAUGCUUAAAUUUGUGGUUUCUGAUUUCAUGGAGGUGUUCAGCUAGCAGUUAGGCAAACAUAGAAUGUCACUCUGUUUGGCUUUUUCUUGGCAGCACCGCUGAGACAGCUGCAGAGAAACAAAUUCAGAGUCAGGUUCUGCUCACCAUUUAUCCCCUCCAUGCUCACAAGCACUGGCUUCACAAGGUGUCAAAAUGCAGCUAGGGGAGUGCUGAGCAAGAAGUACCCAGAGGCAGCUGAAGUUUUGGAUAAGAACAACCUUUUUUAUUCCUUUUUUUUUUUUCCUUUACCAUUCCAGAAAUGCAGGCAAGGCAAAUGGCCGUACAGCUUUAGGUGUUAUCUGACUGCUCAAAGCAUUUUAUCUGAGAAAUGAAGUUACCUUGUUCAGGUAUCCACAUGUCAGGAGCCAGAUGACCUCUGUCCAUGUGUUUGUCACAUAUAAGAUUUUCUGUGUUUAUGUGGGGCUCUCUUCAUAUGCUUACUUGCGUGGGCUGUUCCCUUAUUCAGAUGUGCACAUAUUGCACAGUCCCUGAAAACCUAAUACAAGUUUAUACAGUCUUCUUCCUACAGGAUUCUCCCCUUGGAGGGAUAUCUGCCACUGGUGAUGCAGUACCUGCUUUGCAUCAAGACAUCUCAAGUAUGGUUGCCCAUACCAGACAUUCAUUAUGUAAGAUCUUAUUUUAGAUCCUUUGCAUGUAGUUGAGGGCUAUUUAUACCUGCUUGAUUUUUGCAUGUGAUUCUGGCAAUGAUGGAAUGUAAAACAUUGCAGCUUUUAGAAAUUCCUUGUUUUAGGUUGGCUUUUGUCUCUGCUAUGAAUGCAAGUGACGAAUUGCAGUAAUGGUGGGGAGAACACAUUGGUAACAGAGAGGCCACUGAUCAGUGUCUUUCUCAGAAGGUUCUCAGGUGAGGUUGUUUCCUCUUUGAAAGAUGUAUGUCUGUGGUCUUGGUUCUGUACUAUACUAUCUUUAGAAAAAGGAAAAAAGAAAAAGCUAAAAUUGAAGAAAAAAGUAAUAAAAUUUGCAGUCUUUCCAAGAAAGAUUUUUCUGAGUGUAAGCACAGCUGAAUGUGACAUGCUGUACUUGCUUGAAGACAGCUGUGGGUUUGAUUUUUUAUUUUUUUUAUUUUUUCCCCUGCCUUAACAGCAUAUCUGUUUUUCGGUGUAGAUUCCUCCAGAUUUUCUCUAGACAUCUUCUGCAGACAGUCCUCUCGGGUGUGAUUUGCAGUGCCCACUAUGCAUAAGCAGACUGAUGAAUUGCAAUCCACUUAUGUCUCGGUGUAGAUAGCUGUGGAUGCUUGGAUGCUCAUGUAUUCUGCACUAUAACUGCGAAGAUAGUAGAUUCCAGGCGCGAAUGUUAUCAUUUGUACUGUCAAGAAGACAGGAAGUAGCAGUGCCUAAGGAACAAGAUCAUAUAGUUCAGACACUGUUUUUAAUUGUAAGUGAAAUUUGAGAGGCUGAGUCGACAACAUUAUUAUUAUUAUUAUUAUUA